AUGGCGACUAAACCACACGCCUCCAAGCGCGCUGCGCAAAAUUCAAAUAAUGAGAACCUAUGCACGCCAACAAAAGCAGUAAAAUCAAAAAUACCUAAACCUAACACACCCGUGAUGCAACUAAACGAAAAAGAAGAAGAAACGAGGAUCGAAAUGAGAGAAAUUUACGACAUGUUUAAAACAGUUAUGAAGAAAUUGGAGAAACUAGACAACAUUGAAGCAGAUAUGAAGGAAUUCAGAAAAUCACUCGACUACGCACAUGAAGAAAUAGCGGAUCUGAAGAACGCGAACAAAACAAUGAAGGCAGAUCAAGCGAAAGCAGCGGAAAGAAUUGUAAAGCUCGAACGAGACAACAACACGUUGCGCGACAAGGUAAUAGACAUACAGGCAAGAUCGAUGCGCGACAACUUGUUAUUUUUCAAUAUGCCCGAAAGCGAGGGAGAAAACACAACAGAAAUGAUCCACCAUUUAUUGGAGUCAAAGAUGGAUUUUGAAGACGCACGAAAUAAAGUGAAGAUCGAUCGAUCCCAUCGGAUUGGGAAAAAGAGAGCAGGAAAUAACAGACCGAGACCAAUCGUG